GGGUGACAAAGAGGCGGCUGCUUACACAGCGCCCACCACUAAGCUGCCUUGAAGAGAGUAAGGCAAGAGCCCCGCUGCCUGCAGAGCUGCCGGAGCACCCACCACCUCACCAGACCCCGGGGCACCCACCGCGGUGGAACCGGAGGGAGGGGAGAGGGAGAGGUUGGGAACGUCGGGUACGGGAUGGCUGCGUCACCGGCGGGGUCGGUGGUGAGCGCCGGGCUGGAUGAUAGCCCCACGGGGCUGAGCCCAGCCCCUGGCAAGGCGCUGAGCCCCGUGCUGCUGUGCAAGGUGUGCGGGGACACCAGCAGCGGGAAGCACUACGGCAUCUACGCCUGCAACGGCUGCAGCGGCUUCUUCAAGCGCAGCGUCCGCAGGAAGCUCAUCUACAGGUGCCAGGCGGGGACAGGGCUGUGCCCAGUGGACAAGGCGCACCGCAACCAGUGCCAGGCCUGCCGGCUCAAGAAGUGCCUGCAAGCCGGCAUGAACAAGGACGCCGUGCAGAACGAACGCCAACCCCGCAGCACGGCCCAGGUCCGGCUGGACAGCAUCGAGCUGGACACCGAGCUGGCCCCGGAACACGUGGCCACCACCCGGGAGGUUCCCCCCACCCCCUGCCCAGCUCCCCGUGGCCCCGGUGCCACCGUCGCCGUCACCCCGGGUCCCCGAGCGCCCACGCCGCCCACCAACCAUCGCUUCAUGGCCAGCCUGAUGACGGCUGAGACCUGUGCCAAGCUGGAGCCCGAGGACGCCGAUGAGACGGUGGACGUGACGGGCAGCGAGCCAGAGCGGGUGGCCGGCGAGUACCAGGUGGCACCCUACCCGGUGGCCAGCCCUGAAAACGUCUACGAGACCUCGGCGCGUCUCCUCUUCAUGGCCGUGAAAUGGGCCAAAAACCUGCCCGUCUUCUCCAACCUGCCCUUCCGCGACCAGGUGAUCCUGCUGGAGGAAGCGUGGAGCGAGCUCUUCCUGCUCUGUGCCAUCCAGUGGUCCAUGCCCCUGGAGAGCUGCCCGCUGCUGGCUGUCCCCGAGCCAGCCCCCGGCAAGCUGCUGCCGGCCGCCCUGGACGUCCGGGUGCUGCAGGAGACCCUUGGCCGCUUCAAGGCGUUGGCCGUCGACCCCACCGAAUUCGCCUGCAUGAAGGCCGUGGUGCUCUUCAAACCAGAGACCCGCGGCCUGAAGGACCCCGAGCAGGUGGAGAACUUGCAGGAUCAGUCACAAGUGAUGCUGGGCCAGCACAACCGUUCUCACUACCCCGGGCAACCCGUCAGGUUUGGGAAGCUGCUGCUGCUCCUCCCGGCGCUGCGCUUCAUCUCCUCCGAGCGCGUGGAGCUGCUCUUCUUCCGCCGGACCAUCGGCAACACCCCCAUGGAGAAGCUGCUGUGCGACAUGUUCAAGAACUGAACCCCCCUGCCCCGAUGUCACCUGGCUUGUUUGGCACCUUGCAUUGGCACCUUGUCACCCCCCCACCCCCCCCACCCCCCCCCCAGCUCUCCUAGCCCCGGGAUGCUGCAGGGUGUGAAGGUGCCCACGGUCCCGUCUCCAGGGUGGUGGCCGGGACUAUGGGACGCUGCUGGCAGCUGGGACACGGGACCAGCUUCACUGGGGACACUGGUGGCAGGGGGAUGUCCCCACGCGAGUGCCAGACGCACCUUAUUGGGGUGGGUGCCUCAAUCCCAAACAGUGGAGGAACCCACGGACCCAGGCAAGGGGCCCCGGCACCCGUGGGGGACCCACUGCCACCCAGGGGUGACACCAGCCUGGGGGGUGACACUGGCCACAGGGGCUUUGGCCACCCUGGGGUUGACACUGGCCCAGGGGUGAUGCUGCCAGCCUGGGGGUGACAUUGGCUGGAAGGGUGACACUGGCCUGGGGUGGGGGGGGGGGGGGUGUGACGCCAUCCUGGGGCUGGGGGCCCCCCGCAGCCGCAAUCACUGCCCCUCACUCGCAGGCCCUGCCCCCCCCCCCCCCCCCAUGACUUCAGCUCCGUGAUCCCGGGGGACGCGCAGUGACAGACCCUUGUCCCCGGGUCCCGAGGGGCUCCCGCUCUCCCCCCACCCUCCGGCCCCCCAGUUUUAUACUCCAAAUAAAGAGGGCUUUUGCAG